ACUAAUGACAUGAUACAGAAAGUCUGCAUCGGAGAGAACAACGUGAUCGAAGAAGAGAUACGUGUGAACAGAAGUGUCAGUGAAUGGGCAGGAGGAGGUGGAGGCGGAGGAGGUGCAACUUACAUAUUUAAGAUGGAGAAUGGAGAACCAGUGCCCUUGAUAAUUGCAGCAGGAGGUGGUGGCAGGGCCUACAGGGCCAAAACAGACACAUUUCAUCCAGAAAGGCUGGAGAAUGAUUCCUCUAUUCCAGGGCUGAAUGGAAAUUCAGGAGCUGCAGGUGGUGGAGGUGGCUGGAAUGAUAACACUUCCUUCCUGUGGUCAGGAAAAUCCCUGCUGGAAGGUGCUACUGGAGGAAGAUCCUGCCCCCAGGCCAUGAAGAAGUGGGGGUGGGAGACAAGAGGGGGUUUCGGAGGGGGUGGAGGGGGGUGCUCCUCAGGUGGAGGAGGCGGAGGAUAUAUAGGUGGCAAUGCUGCAGUGGACAAUGACCCAGAGAUGGAUGGGGAGGAUGGUGUGUCCUUUAUUAAUCCAAUUGGUACUUUAUACACUCCAGCACUUAAAGUGACAGAAGGGCACGGAGAGGUGGAUAUUAGGCUGCAUCUUAACUGCAGUCACUGUGAGAUGGACGAGUGCCGGGUUGAUCUCGAGACUCAAAAAGUCAUUUGCUAUUGUGAGCCAGGCACAGAGCUGGCUGAGGAUGGUGUGUCUUGCAUAGCUGAGCCAGUGGUUCAUCUCCCUCUCUCCUUGGUCUUGUCUGUAGUGACUUCAGCACUGGUAGCUGCUUUAAUUGUGGCUUUUUCAGGAAUCAUGAUAGUGUAUCGCCGGAAGCACCAGGAGCUGCAAGCCAUGCAGAUGGAGUUACAGAGCCCAGAAUACAAGCUGAGCAAGCUGCGUACCUCCACUAUCAUGACAGACUACAAUCCCAACUACUGCUUUGCAGGGAAGACCACAUCCAUUAGUGACCUCAAAGAGGUGCCUCGAAAAAACAUCUCCCUCAUCCGGGGUUUGGGCCACGGAGCCUUUGGUGAGGUAUAUGAAGGUCAGGUGGCAGGGAUCCCCAGCGACCCCACUCCCUUGCAGGUGGCUGUGAAAACAUUGCCAGAAGUCUGUUCAGAGCAAGAUGAGCUGGACUUCCUCAUGGAAGCUCUCAUUAUUAGCAAGUUCAACCACCAGAAUAUUGUGCGCUGUAUCGGGGUGAGCUUGCAGGCACUGCCCCGUUUCAUCCUGCUAGAGCUCAUGGCUGGAGGUGACCUGAAAUCGUUCCUGAGAGAGACGCGGCCUAGACCGAAUCAGCCCUCCUCCCUUUCCAUGCUGGACUUGCUACACGUGGCUCGUGACAUUGCUUGUGGGUGUCAGUACCUGGAGGAGAACCACUUCAUUCACAGGGAUAUUGCUGCCAGGAACUGCCUCCUUACCUGUCGAGGGCCUGGGAGAGUGGCUAAAAUUGGAGACUUUGGAAUGGCCCGGGAUAUAUACAGAGCCAGCUACUAUCGGAAGGGUGGGUGUGCAAUGCUGCCUGUCAAGUGGAUGCCUCCCGAGGCUUUCAUGGAAGGGAUAUUUACAUCGAAAACAGACACGUGGUCCUUUGGCGUAUUGCUGUGGGAGAUAUUCUCUUUGGGAUACAUGCCGUACCCUAGCAAAAGUAACCAGGAGGUUCUGGAGUUUGUAACCAAUGGAGGAAGGAUGGAUCCACCUAAAAACUGCCCUGGCCCUGUUUACCGCAUUAUGACUCAGUGUUGGCAGCACCAGCCCGAAGACCGUCCCAAUUUUGCCAUAAUCCUGGAGAGGAUCGAGUACUGCACUCAGGAUCCAGAUGUCAUCAACACUGCUUUGCCAGUAGAAUAUGGCCCAUCAGCUGAGGAGGAGGAGAAGGUGGCGAUGCGCCCCGAUGAUCCAGACGGAAUUCCUCCUCUCCUGGUCUCCACGCACCAGGACAGAAAGGAUGACAAGCAAACUCUGCCAUCUCCACCACCCCUGCCAUCAGCCAUCACUGCUGGAAAACCUCUAGGGAAAGUGGGAGCCCUGGAACCGCCAGUCCCAGGGAAGGUGCAGUCAGCCUCAGCGGGGGGACAUAUCAACAUGGCCUAUGCCCAGUCCAAUCCCCCUUCUGAGCUGCACAAAAGCCGGGGCUCCAGAAACAAGCCCACCAACCUCUGGAAUCCAACCUAUGGUUCCUGGUUUACGGAGAAGCAGGCCAGCAAAAACAGUUCUCUGCUGGAGAAGGAGAAGCCUGAGAGGGAGAAUUUGGGACAGGAAGGAAACUGUACUGUGGGACCCAACAUUGUGACUGGCAGGCUGCCAGGCUCCUCCCUGCUAUUAGAGCCAUCCUCCCUAACAGCAAGUGUUAAAGAAGUGCCUCUCUUUAGGCUCCGCCACUUCCCCUGUGGGAAUGUCAACUAUGGAUACCAACAGCAGGGCUUGCCCUUGGAAGCCUCCGCUCCCCCUUGCGCUAGUGGUUUCGAGGACCCUGUCCUUAGAAACAAGAGCCACAUAACCCAGCAGGGACCCUGA